GCCCGGACGAUGGUGCGCUGCGGGGCGGCCGCGCUGCUCGCCGCGCUCCUCGGCGUCUGCGUCUGGACCGACGAGACCGGGAAAGUUAUCUCGGACCGGUUCGCCGUCUACUGGAAUCGGAGCAAUCCCAGGUUCCACCGCGGGGACUACACGGUGGAGGUGAGCAUCAACGACUACCUGGACAUCUACUGCCCGCACUACGAGGAGCCGCUGCCGGAGCGGAUGGAGAGGUACAUCCUCUACAUGGUCAACUACGAGGGCCACGCGUCCUGCGACCACCGGCAGCGCGGCUUCAAGCGCUGGGAGUGCAACCGCCCCGACUCCCCCAACGGGCCCCUCAAGUUCUCCGAGAAGUUCCAGCUCUUCACGCCCUUCUCGCUGGGCUUUGAGUUCCGACCCGGCCACGAGUACUACUACAUCUCCGCGUCCCCCCCGAACACGGUGGACAGGCCCUGCCUGAAGCUGAAGGUUUAUGUUCGGCCAACAAACGAUUCCCUCUACGAAUCCCCGGAGCCCAUUUUCACCAGCAACAACUCCUGCUGCAGCCUCAGGGUGCCGCCGGCGGCGCUGGCGGUGGUGCCGCUCGUCUGGACGCUCCUGGUCUCGUAGCACCGACACCGACGGGAGCGGCCCGGGCCCGGAUCCCGCCCGCCCCGCAAGCCCCGGGUGGUGCCCGGGGAGGGUCGGUGCUGCCGGCGAGGAUCUUGUCGCCGCCUGAAGUCCCCGCCGUGGCACGGCCGUCCCGCCGGGAGCGGUGCCCGGCUGUUCCCGGGGAUGGAUCCCGACUUCCAUCCCUGCCCUGCAGCUCGGGCUGUCCCGGCGGGGCGUUGCUUUUUACAUUUCUAGACCAAAUACAGAGUCCUCGUCCGUCUGGCUUUUUUGGUUUUUGUUUUUUCUUUUUCCUUUUUUUUUUUUUUUUCUUCUUGUUUUGUUUUGUUUUUUUUUAAAAAAAAGAAAAAAAUAUUUUUAUUUUUAUUUGUUGUUCCCGUCGGGUCCCCCUUGGUGCCAGACUGACCUGCACGGGCUGGGCUCAGGUCCCUGCUGAGCCCCCAUUGUCCCCACGGCGGGCAGAGCCACCGGGAGCCCCGGACACAGCGAUGGUGCCAGCGGCUCCGUGGGCACGGACUCCUUCCCAGGACGUCACGGAGCCGGACCCGCCACCCUCGGCCACCCCCUGCCCCAGGCACGGGGGACCUGGACGGACACAGCCCCCUGUGAGCGCUCGGGGGUUCACCCUGUCCCCUCCGCUCGUGUCACAGACGCCACCACCGUCCCCGUGGGACACCGGGCUGGCUCCGUGAGCAGCAGAGGAAACUGGAUGCAGCCAAGGAGAGCACUGGGGACACCCGGCAUGGGGACACCGGGAUGGCCGGCAUGGGGACACCGGGAUGGCCGGCAUGGGGACACCGGGAAUGGUCAGAGGAGACAGGGAGCACUGGGAUGACCGGCCCGGAGAGCACCGGGGAUGCGUGGCCACCGAGGACGGCCGGCACUGGGCGAGCAAGCAGCGGCCAGCGUGGAGAGCACCAGGGACGCCCGGCAUGGGAGCAGCAGGAACGGCCAGCACCGGGAGCACCGAGUGGCCACCGGCACGGGGAGCACCGGGAACGGCUGGUGCUGUGGAUGAGCGGAACUGGGAGCGCUGGGAAGGGCUGGCGCUGCCAAUGGCCGGCACUGUGAAGGCCGGGAAUGGCACGGGGAGCACCGCCGGGCGCUGGGAGCCGGCAGGCCGGGCUCGCCCAGCCGUGGCCAUCGCUCUGAGGGCGUUGGUGUGUGUGUGUGUGCCGUGGAUUUUCCUCCUCCACCCUGCUCCGUGUCCCCCCGAUGCUUUGGGGGUACAGGAGCCCCCAUGGAGGGGCUGGCGGCCACGUGUGGGACCUUCCUGGUGCUCCCCCAUUGUCCCCCGACAUUCCAGGGCUGGGCUUGGGGAUUUUUCCCUUUUCCUUUGCAUUAAUUAGUGAAUCUCCCACCCCAAACCCCCCGACCCGAGGUUGGCCCUGACCCCAGGGGUGGCAGAUCCCCAGGGAGGGGUCACCCCGCAGCCCCGGGGUCUGACCCCUCCUCGCCUUAAAUCUGGGGCUGUCCCACCUUGGGGGGGUCUUGUGCCCAUCCUGCAGAGCCCCCCCAAUUCCCAGGGGGGUCGGUGGUCCCGGGGGACGCUGGAGAUGGGCUCAGACCUGGCUGGAGCCGCCCCAUUCCGAGCGGAUCCCGGCUCCGUCCCUGUACAUAAAGCGCUAUACUGUGAGCGGUUUUUUUUAUGUAUUGUUGAGAAUGGAUUUUAUGGAAGGGUUUAUCUUAUUUUUAUUUUAUUUUUAUUUUUUAGACUAGGAAGCUGGAAUCUUGCAAUAAGCUCAUCUCGACCAUCCAAAAAAACAAACAAACAAACAAAAAAAAAACAACAAAAAAAACCACAAAACACCGGAAAAAAAUUACA